GCUUCUGCUUCUGCAGCCAAGCAUCUCUGCUUCUGCUCCCUGCCUGCCCGCCCUUCUGGGCUUGCAGCCUGCCACUUGACUUUCCCCAGCCCUGCUGCCAGCUGAGAAGUCUCCCUGCAGCUGCUGAUUUCUGCCUAGGACCAUGUGUGUGGAUGCUGCUUGGGAGAAGCCAGCCCUGGCUCCUGGCACUGAUCCCAGCUGAGUUUCUCCUGUUGAUUUUGGGACCACAGAUGCUGCUGUGAGGAGGUAUUUCCCGGCAUCCCUGCCUCUGCUACUGCCAGCUAAGGAUCAGCCCCAAAGUAAGGCGGGUGUCAGGAUGGGCCACGCUGUGAGAAGCUGAUGCUAGCAAGCGAGGUGUGAAGAGUUGGCCAGAAUGACCAACUCCUCCUCCACGUCCACCUCCUCCACCACCGGGGGAUCGCUGCUGCUGCUCUGCGAGGAAGAGGAGUCGUGGGCGGGCCGGCGCAUCCCUGUGUCCCUUCUGUACUCGGGCCUGGCCAUCGGGGGCACGCUGGCCAACGGCAUGGUCAUCUAUCUCGUGUCGUCCUUCCGAAAGCUGCAGACCACCAGCAACGCCUUCAUCGUGAACGGCUGCGCGGCGGACCUCAGCGUCUGCGCCCUCUGGAUGCCGCAGGAGGCGGUGCUCGGGCUCCUGCCCACCGGCUCGGCGGAGCCCCCCGCGGACUGGGACGGCGCCGGCGGCAGCUACCGCCUGCUGCGGGGCGGGCUGCUAGGCCUGGGGCUCACCGUGUCCCUCUUGUCCCACUGCCUGGUGGCGCUGAACCGCUACCUGCUCAUCACCCGGGCGCCUGCCACCUACCAGGCGCUGUACCAGCGGCGCCACACGGCCGGUAUGCUGGCGCUCUCCUGGGCGCUCGCCCUGGGCCUCGUGCUGCUGCUCCCGCCCUGGGCGCCGCGACCCGGCGCCGCGCCCCCGCGCGUCCACUACCCGGCCCUGCUGGCCGCCGCGGCGCUGCUGGCGCAGACGGCGCUGCUGCUGCACUGCUACCUGGGCAUCGUGCGCCGCGUGCGCGUCAGCGUCAAGCGGGUCAGCGUCCUCAACUUCCACCUGCUGCACCAGCUGCCCGGCUGCGCCGCCGCCGCCGCCGCCUUCCCGGGCGCCCCGCACGCGUCGGGCCCCGGGGGUGCGGCGCACCCCGCGCAGGCCCAGCCCCUGCCGCCCGCGCUGCACCCGCGGCGGGCGCAGCGGCGUCUCAGCGGCCUGUCGGUGCUGCUGCUCUGCUGCGUCUUCCUGCUGGCCACGCAGCCUCUGGUGUGGGUGAGCCUGGCCAGCGGCUUCUCGCUGCCGGUGCCCUGGGGCGUGCAGGCAGCCAGCUGGCUCCUGUGCUGCGCGCUGUCCGCGCUCAACCCCUUGCUCUACACGUGGAGGAACGAGGAGUUCCGGCGCUCCGUGCGCUCCGUCCUGCCGGGUGUCGGCGACGCGGCGGCCGCCGCCGCUGCUGCCACGGCCGUGCCCGCGGUGUCCCAGGCGCAGCUGGGCACCCGCGCCGCCGGCCAGCACUGGUGACCCGGCCAGGGCCCACGGGAAACAGGGAUGCCGGCUUCUAGCGUCCUUGGUGGGCAUCGCCUCCUUCCCUUGUAAAGUACCCCCUGUCUGAACGAAGACUCCUGCAGGCC